CACCAUAGCCCAUGCUAUAAAGCCGCCUCCUUUUCUUCCUUGUUAUUUCCUUGUACGCCACCAAAAACCUAUAAGCUUUCUCCUUCUUCUUGCUUUCUACUUUCAGAAAAUCAGAAAAAGCCUCAAAUUCAAAAAAUGGCAUCUUUCGCAGAGGCACCACCAGGUAACGAAGCAGCAGGGGCAAAGAUCUUCAAGACCAAGUGUGCUCAAUGCCAUACUGUGGAACAAGGUGCUGGUCAUAAACAAGGACCUAAUUUGAAUGGACUUUUUGGAAGGCAGUCUGGAACUACUGCUGGUUACUCCUACUCUGCUGCCAAUAAGAAUAUGGCUGUGAUGUGGGAAGAAAAGACUUUGUAUGAUUAUUUGCUCAACCCCAAGAAGUACAUACCUGGAACAAAGAUGGUUUUCCCUGGUUUGAAGAAGCCACAGGAGCGUGCAGACCUCAUUGCCUACCUGAAAUCUGCUACUGCCUAAGGAAUUACCGACAGAUAUUUUCUAUUUUGUAGUCUGAUAGGCAUGUUUUGCUGUGCGGAGGAAGAUAAACCAUUGAUUUUUUGAAGUAAUAAGUUGACCUCUUUUGGUCUGGCUCAUUUGUUUCCAGAGCACUGGUUCAUACAAAAAUUUUUGUUACCUUCUGAAGAAGAGGUGAAAAACACUUGGCAGACAAUGCCAAUUUUAAUAUCAUUCUCUUAUGACUA